GCGCUGGGUCACGUGAGUCGCGGGGGGGUGGGGUGCGGUGUGCCGUUGCGCCUGCGCGGUGAGGCGCUCGCGGCGGCCCGUGCGGUUGGCGGCCGGGAAACCCCUCGGCGUAACGCUGAGGCGGGGGCGCCUGAGUCGCCAUAGCGAGCGGUCGGGCCUGGGAGCGCUGCGUGCGAGAGAGGGAGCGGAGGCCGAGCCGGGGCCACGGGGGGCCUCUCCCCGUUCUUCGCCCGCUCGCCCGGGUUGCGAGGAGGAGCCUGGGCGGGCGCCGCCGCCCAUCUAGAUCGCUGAGGGCCGCGGGCCGGAGUCGUUGCGGGGGCGGGGGCCGGGGCCUCGCAGCGCUGCCGCGAUGGAGCGCUGAGGCCUCCGCCAGCCGAGUCUGCCUGAGGCCGCGGGGCCUGGCCAUGGCGGAGCGCCGCGGCCUCUGAGCGCCGCCGGCCCGCUCGAGCUCAGCCCGCGCUGCUUGCUCCGGCCCCCUCGGUCGGUGGGCCCUUCCCCGCGCCGCCGCGGGCCCUAACCGGCGCGGAGGCCGCGACGCCGUCUGCCGCGGUAGACGCCAUCGCGGAGCAGGCACCGCCUGGCCCCGACCAUGUCGUGCGUCCACUACAAGUUCUCCUCCAAGCUGAACUAUGAUACGGUCACCUUCGACGGCCUCCACAUCUCCCUGUGCGACCUCAAGCGCCAGAUCAUGGGCCGCGAGAAGCUGAAGGCGGCCGACUGCGACCUGCAGAUCACCAACGCCCAGACCAAAGAAGAAUACACAGAUGAUAAUGCCCUGAUUCCUAAGAACUCAUCGGUAAUUGUCAGAAGAAUCCCUAUUGGAGGAGUUAAAGCUACCAGCAAAACAUAUGUUAUGACUCCUAAAUCGCACAAAAUCCUAGAAACUGCUUUCAGAAGUCGAACUGAGCCAGUGAGUGGAACAUCAAAAGCAAUUGAUGACUCUUCUGCAUCUAUUUCUCUGGCCCAGCUUACUAAGACUGCCAAUCUGGCUGAAGCCAAUGCUUCCGAAGAAGAUAAAAUAAAAGCUAUGAUGACACAGUCUGGCCAUGAAUAUGAUCCAAUCAAUUACAUGAAGAAACCCUUGGGUCCACCUCCACCAUCCUAUACUUGCUUUCGUUGCGGGAAACCUGGCCACUAUAUAAAGAACUGCCCAACAAAUGGGGACAAAAAUUUUGAGUCGGUUCCCAGAAUUAAAAAGAGCACAGGAAUUCCAAGGAGUUUCAUGAUGGAGGUGAAGGAUCCCAAUACAAAGGGUGCUAUGCUGACAAACACUGGAAAAUAUGCAAUACCAACUAUUGAUGCGGAAGCCUAUGCUAUAGGAAAGAAGGAAAAGCCUCCCUUUUUACCAGAGGAGCCAUCAUCCUCCUCAGAAGAAGAUGAUCCUAUUCCAGAUGAGUUGUUAUGUCUCAUUUGUAAAGAUAUAAUGACUGAUGCAGUUGUUAUUCCCUGCUGUGGAAACAGUUAUUGUGACGAAUGUAUUAGAACAGCAUUACUGGAAUCUGAGGAACAUACAUGCCCAACGUGUCAUCAAACAGAUGUUUCUCCUGAUGCUUUAAUUGCCAACAAGUUCCUACGCCAGGCUGUGAACAACUUCAAAAACGAAACUGGCUACACAAAAAGGCUUCGUAAGCAGAUUCAGCAGCAACAGCAGCAGCAGCCACCACCACCUCCACCACCUCCACCGCCACCCCUAAUGAGACAAACAAUAACACGCAACCUGCAACCUCUGCUCCGGCCAGCUAUUUCCAGACAGCAGGACCCACUAAUGAUACCAUUAGCUUCUCUGGCUUCUCGUUCUGCUGCUGCUUUGUCAUCGUUGGCCCCUGGUCAGUCACCUGGGCUGCCCGUAAAUCCAUCUUCUGUUGUUGUCUCUGAUCUCCCUCCAGCAGUGUCCCUAUCUCUCCGUGGUGAAAAGCCAGAUGGACCUUUUCGUGAUGCCGAUACUGUCAUACCUCCUGCUGCUCUGGUGACUGCCGCUGAACUUUCUAAAUCUUCCCCUCUGUCAAUCAGCAGUUUGUUGGAAGAGAAGGGCUAUCAGGUUCCUGUACUAAGACAACCAGCGUUACCAAGUCUUCUGGGCCCCCAAGGACAAUCCAUACCCACAACUGGUCAUCCAAUGAGAGCCAGUACAAUUCGCUCAGCAGGCGGCAGGCCAGGCUGGGAACUAAGUUCAAAUCGAGGACGCCCGCAUAGUGAACGUGCACAAAGGACUCAGGCCCCAACACUACCAGCAUCUACACCAGUCUUUGUGCCUGUGCCUCCACCUCCCCUGUAUCCUCCACCACCCCAUGCACUUCCUCUUCCACCGGGGGUACCACCACCACAGUUUCCUCCUCAGUUUCCACCUGGUCAGCCUCCAUCUGCUGGGUACACUGUCCCCCCUCCAGGAUACCCCCCAGCUCCUGCAAACAUGUCAUCAGCUUGGGUACCAACAGCAGUACCAACGGCUCAUUCAAAUACCAUCCCAACGACACAAGCACCUCCUUUAUCUAGGGAGGAGUUUUACAGAGAACAACGGAGGCUUAAAGAGGAGGAAAAGAAAAAGUCCAAACUUGAUGAGUUUACAAAUGAUUUUGCUAAGGAAUUGAUGGAAUAUAAAAAGAUUCAAAAGGAGCGUAGGCGUUCGUUUUCCAGGUCCAAGUCUCCCUAUAGUGCUUCAUCUUACUCUAGAAGUUCUUAUACCUACUCAAAGUCAAGAUCAGGUUCUUCCCGCUCUCGCUCCUACUCUCGAUCGUUUAGUCGUUCCCAUUCUCGUUCCUACUCACGGUCACCACCAUAUCCAAGAAGAGGCAAAGGAAAGAGUCGUAAUUACCGUUCUAGGUCAAGGUCACAUGGUUAUCACCGGUCAAGGUCAAGGUCGCCCCCCUACAGACGAUACCAUUCACGAUCAAGGUCUCCAGUAUUUAGAGGCCAGUCUCCCACUAAACGGACUAUACCUCAAGGGGAAGGAGAAAGGGAAUAUUUUAACAGAUACAGAGAAGUUCCACCAUAUGAUAUGAAAGCUUACUAUGGCAGAUCUGUUGACUUUAGAGAUCCAUUUGAAAAGGAAAGAUACAGAGAAUGGGAAAGGAACUAUAGAGAAUGGUAUGAAAAGUUUUACAAGGGCUAUGCUGUUGGUGCUCAGCCUCGACCUCCAGUAAAUAGAGAGAACUUUUCUCCAGAUAGGUUUGGGCCACCUGGGACCAGACGAGAGAAUUCACCGUAUGCUCGGGGACGUAGGGAGGAUUAUCCUGGUGGGCAGAGCCACAGAAAUCGUAAUAUAGCUGGAAAUUACCCUGAAAAGCCUUCUGGAAGAGAGAGCCAUGGCAUCAAAGAUCCUACAAAAUCAAAAGAGAAGGAGGUGGAAAAUCCCCUGGGAGAUGGCAAAGGAAAUAAACAUAAAAAACACCGGAAGAGAAGAAAAGGGGAUGAGAAUGAAGGAUUUCCCACUGCUGAGUUGUUAGAAGGUGCAAGAAAACCAAGAGAGCCAGUUACAGCAGAAGACGUUAAAACGGACUCUCUGUUCAUGCUCCCAAGCAGAGAUGAUGCCACCCCUGUGAGAGACGAGCCUAUGGAAGCAGACUCUAUUGCUUUCAAACCGGUGUCUGAAAAGGAGAAAAAAGAGAAGGAUAAGCCAAAAGCAAAAAUUGACAAGACAAAGCGGAAAGUUGAAGUGGCUGUUCCUCCCAAGAAAGACAAUGUAAUAAAACCAGCUAAAGCAUCCCAAGAGAAGGCAGACACCGAUCGUGAAAAAUCUCCUCGAACAGAACCUCCUGUGAAAAAAGUGAAGGAGGAGUUGCCAAAGACUGACAGUGUUAAAACAUCUUCCUCUCAAAAGGAUGAGAAGGCUCUUGGUACCCCACGGAAAGUUCACCCCAAAGUAACAAAAGAUCACCCAGAAACCAGACCAGCCAAGGAGGAAAAGGCAAAGAAAGACCAUCCAAAAGAAACCAAGUCGGAGAAGCCCUCCAACAAAGAGGACAAGUCAAAAAAACCUGCUGAAAAAAGCAAACCUUCUGAUGCAAAACCUGAAAAAAGAAAAAGAAAAGCAGAUGAAAAGGUUGAUAAAGAACAUGAAGCCACUUCCGUAAAGGCCUCUAAGCCAGAACCUGCUGAAUCAAAAACAUCGCCGAAGGGGAAGACUGAGCCUGAUAGUGAAAAAGGAGAGCGAACUCCAGAGAAGGAUAAAUCUGCUUUUCUUAACAACCCUGCAAAAAAGAUUAAACUUAACCGAGAAACUGGCAAAAAGAUUGUGAGUGGAGAAAAUGUGCCACCUGCAAAGGAACCUGUUGAGAAACCCGAGCCAAGCAGCAGCAAAGUUAAACAAGAAAAAACAAAGGGAAAAGUGAGAAGAAAAGUAACAGCAGCUGAUGGAUCUAGUUCAACUCUUGUAGAUUACACCAGCACUAGUUCUACUGGAGGAAGCCCUGUUAGAAAGACUGAAGAAAAGCCAGAUACAAAACGAACUGUCAUUAAGACCAUGGAGGAGUAUAAUAAUGAUAUAACAGCCCCUGCUGAAGACGUCAUUAUUAUGAUCCAGGUCCCUCAGUCAAAGUGGGAUAAAGAUGACUUUGAGUCUGAAGAGGAAGACAUUAAAUCUACCCAGGUGCCUACAAACAUAGGAAAACCUGCUAGUGUUGUAAAAAAUGUGAGCGUUAAGCCACCAAACCCCAUAAAACACAAUGAGAAAGAGACGGAGCCUUUGGAGAAAACACAGAAAACUACAAAAGAGGCAAGUUACGAAAGCUCCCAGCAUGAUGCAAAAAGUUCAAAAAGUUCCGUGUCGAAUGAAAAAGGAAAAACCAAAGACCGGGAUCAUUCUUUGUCAGACAAGGACACUUCUGAGAAGAGAAAGAGCAACGUUCAGCCAGAAAAAGACCACUCGGAACGUGCAGCUGAGCAAGGAAAUGGAAAAAAUAUUUCUCAAUCUUCCAAAGACAGCAGAUCUUCAGAGAAACAUGAUACUGGUCGUGGAUCCACUGCUAAAGACUUUACUCCUAACCGAGACAAAAAGUCUGAGCAUGAUGGCAACAGAGAUCAUUCUAGUUCCAAGCGUAGAGAUGAAAAGAGUGAAUUAGUAAGGAGAAAAGACUCCCCUUCUCGAAACAGAGAGUCUACAGCAGUACAGAAAACUAAGCCAAGAGACGAACGAGCAGAGCCGUCCAAAAAGGGUGCUGGAGAUGCCAAAAGGAGCAGCUACAGUCCUUCGCGUGAGCGGAAGCAGUCUGAUCACAAAGCUGCUCACGAUUCCAAGCGUACAUUGGAGGAAAACAAAACUCUAGAUAAAAAUUCAGGAAAAGAGAAGGAGAAAGAGAAGCAUGUACCAGAACUAAAGAGCAAUAAAGAGAAAGAGCCAGGUGGUAAUAAACCGCCUUUGAGACAAGAAUCCCCAGAUGUAAAAAAUGAGAAAGAGAACGUGACUGGACAAAACGAUAAAAGUGUUGUCAAGCCCAAGCCUCAGGUAAGCAGCUCCUCACGGCUCUCUUCUGAUCUAACUCGAGAGACUGAUGAGGCUGCGUUUGUACCAGACUAUAAUGAAAGUGACAGCGAGAGUAACGUAUCUGCAAAAGAUGAAGAAGCUGCAGGAAAAAAUCCUAAAGAACCGAAAGAAAAGGCUGUUGAUAAGGUGAAAGAGGAUGUGGCAGCACCUGCUGCUGUUGACCAGCCUGAAGCGAGCAGAAGUCAAAGUCAAAGCAGUCCCAGCGUUAGCCGCAGCCGUAGUCAAAGCCCUUCUGAGAGUCAGACUCGAAGCCACAGCAGCAGUGCCAGCUCAGGAGAGAGUCAAGACAGCAAGAAAAAGAAAAAGAAGAAAGAGAAGAAGAAGCACAAGAAGCAUAAGAAACACAAGAAGCAUAAGAAACACAUUGGAAACGAAACGGAAUUGGAAAAGAGCCAAAAACACAAACACAAGAAGAAAAAAUCGAAGAAGAGCAAAGAUAAAGAGAAAGAUGACCAAAAAGUGAAAUCUGUCCCUACAUAGGGUGACAGAGAAUAAAAAAAUGACUUAAUUCCUAAGUCAUCUGUAUUAAAUUUUGUUAAAAUGUAAACGAAUUCAAGCGUUGUAAAUAAUGACAUGAAAGACCCUGUGCUGCACUUAAAAUAUUGCUGCUUGAUUAUUUGAUUUUUACAUCAGAGCUUUAUAAAAGUGAACAUUUUGUACAGAAUUGUGAGUUGUGACCAUGUAACAUGAAAGGUUUUGCUGGGGCAUCUUAUUUUUAACCACCGUUAAUUAGUUUGGGUGGAGUUUACUGUACUGUGAAAAUUUUCACAUUUGAAUUUUUUUUUAAUUGCCUGGCAGAAGAAGCUGGUAUCAGUUAUAAAAUAUCAGCAGAAUGAUUUGCAGAAUACAUUACAGCCCUGUUAUGUCACUUUUUGAUUACAAUAAAAAGUUUUCAGUAAACUAUCUGAUGU